CAGAUCGAUUAAAUUUAUGUAAAAUAUUGAAUGUUCUCAUAUCAUAUCCUCGAUUUUAUAUAUGUAUCAAAUAUCUUCCUCAUCCUCAUUCCAACUAAACCAUCAUCCUCUAUUUGAUACUCAACCAAAAAUCGUCCAGUUAAUUUCUUGCUCACGCGGUAGUAAUACCAAGUUAUCAACCACAAUGGCAAUUCAGAUAAAAAAAUGGUCCUUUCAGCUUAAAGAUGAUCAAGUCAUCACGAAAAUUAUGAUAAAUCAUGGAUACAUUGUCGAUGGAAUUGGCUUUGAAAUUAUGGGUCUAUGUGGGAAAACUAUAGAGUGGUUUACAGGCCCCGGUGGAUCACUUUCUGAGAUUCCGUUAAGUGUUGGUGAAAAGUUGACCCAUAUUAGCGGGACAUACGGGAUGUACUUAGAGGAGAUAUGCAUCACUGCGAUGAGGAUACACACCAAUUUAUGCCCAGAGGGGUAUGGACCAUAUGGUGAGGCCAAGGACGCCGAUGACGUAACACCUUUUUCAACUCCUCUUCCACUGGAUGGUUCUAUUGUUGGGUUUCUCGGAUCCAAUGGAGAAUAUUUAAAUUCUAUUGGAAUUUAUAACGGGCGCAAAAUGAUCAAAGAAUAUGGGCCAUAUGGUAACAAAGAAAGUUCAACAAACUGGUACAUUGAGCUUAAUGAUGGUCAGCGAUUUUCCAAAGUAUUUAUCAAACAUGGAUUCAUUGUCGAUGGAGUUGGGUUUGAAGUAUCAAGCCUUACCGGAAAAACCUACACCCAAAUGUUUAGUGGGCCUGGCGGGGAAACUACAGAGAUUGAAUUGGAUGAAAACGAGUUUAUAACACAAAUAAGCGGGAAGUAUGGAAAGUACCUUGAGAAGGAUAUCAAAAUUGGUUCGAUAACGAUCCAUACCAAUUUAGGUCGUUCAUAUGGACCAUAUGGACGUGAUGAGCAGGUCACAGAAGCUAAGCCUUUCGCAACUCCAGUGCCAUUAGAUGGCACUAUUGCUGGUUUUAAUGGAUCCUAUGGAAUUUACCUUAACUCAAUUGGAAUUUCUGACAAGUACAAGAAGGUUGACAAGUACGGGCCAUAUGGACGUGCUUAAUGCUAUUGAAGCUUAUGGUCGGAAUGUGUGUUUCGCAAUUGCUUACGUGUGCUCGAUGCGGACUACAUGAAGAGCGUCGUCAUCUUUAAUUUUUAUUUUUCUUUUUCCUAAUGUUUGUGUUUCUUUUUUCAUUUUUCAUUUUUCUUUUUCCUAAUGUUUGUGUGUGUGUUUUUUUUCGAAUAAACUCUUUUCUUUCUUUUUGAAUUUGAGCUCAGAGUUUGUUGUGUUGUCACUUAUAUUUCGUUUUUGUUGACUCUGAAUAUCAAUGGACUUUUCUUUUACUCUAAAUUGAAGUAUUGAACUAUUGUCCUCUAUUAUUUCUUUUUCUUAUUGUUAUACAUAAGAGAGUAAAUUUAUCAUGUGAGGUUGUAUGACGAUAUAUCAUAGAUGUAGGGGUGAAAGUUUGGUUUUCGGUUUGGUUUUUGGCCCAAACCGAAGCCGAACCACCAUAUUUCGGUUUCUUGAUUUCGCAAACCACACCGCACCACUUUCUCUUUGAAACCGAACCGAACCGAACCAAACCACCUAAAUUUCGGUUUUCUUAAAAAAAACCAAACCGCACCGAAUUUUCCUAUCAAGCAUCAUGAACAUCAAAUUUUGCAAAAAAACCGAACCGAACCAAACCAAUUAAAACCGAACCAAACAAAACCAAACCAAUCUAGGGUAUUAAUUAUUACCAUCCCACCUUAUCACCACCAACACCCACCCACCACCCAUCACCCUGACCACCUAAAACCCACCCACCACCCACCCUAACCUACCAAAACCACCGAAACUCACCACCCAUCCCCCAAAACCACCCGAAACCCACCCGCCAUCCACCCUAAGCCAUCAAAAACCACCCGAAACCCACUCAUCAUGCAUCAACCCGAAUCCAUCAAAAACCACCCCUCCACCCACCAAAAACUGAAGAAACCCACCAUCCAUCCUGACCACCC